AUGGCCAGCCCCAAAGGACCUUUUCGUCUUGUCACGGUCAAUACAGCCCCCGAGAGAGCGCAACGCUUGAUCGGAAGAGUCGCUGAUACCCUCAAGGACCAGUAUAUCAUCAUCCACGAGGCCAACUGCUCGAAAAUCGAAGAAGUCGGCCCUAAAGUCCAGGAAUUGAUGCCGGAUAUCCUAUUCAGCGCAUCCAUGUGGACCGCAGAAGAAGCUCAACAGAUUCACGCCACGGCCCGCGAGAUCAAGCCCGAUAUCAAACUGCAUGCCAUUCCUACUGGAUUGCAAGUUGAGAGAGGACCAGAUGCUAUUGUCGAAUAUCUCUGCGAGAAGGUGCCGCCGCUGCUGGACAGCUAAGUGCCUCAGGUUCGCCGUUGAUGUUGGUAUAUGUAUAAAGUAUAUUGGGUGAAUUGGACGAUGGUCAUGUGCUUGUAAAUACUACAAUAGGUGGAGAUUAACUGGGUGUUUUCAACUGAAUCAAAUGUACUUCAAAACCUGGUGAAAUGGCCAAU